GCCAACGGACUCGCGGAGGCUCCAAAGGAGGAGGGCCGAAGUGAGAGCAAGGCGGUCCCAGCAGAUCCGGUGGCUGAAGAACCAGGUUGGCCGGAGAAGGAGGGCCCUAUCGAAUCCUUGGCGCAGCGCGCCGCGGCCGCCGUGGCUGAGGAGCGCGAGCCCGCGCCAGAGCCGAUGUCAGAAGGCAAACCCAAGGCCUAUCCAGAAUCACCUCGGAACUACGUGGCUGCCACGAUCAUCGGCGGAGACUCCGAUGGGGAUGGUGCCAUCGUUUGGCCUGGGGCAUCGCGACUGGAAGAGGAGCACAAGCCAGAAGCCCACUCUAUUGGCACGCCGGAAUCACCGCCGCCGAAGAUCCCGCAGGAAGGGUUUCCGCCGGCACCCGUCUCUGAAGCAGUUGCCGCGCUCCACGCGGCGACCACAUGGCCCCUCCCGGCGGACCUCCCGCUGCUGCAGAACGAGGCCGGCUCGGUUGUGGCGCCUCAGACGUGGCGCUUUGUCCCACCGCCUCCGGACCAAGCACCUAAGCCUCCGGUCUCGCCGCCCAAGCAGCCGUCUACCAGCUCUUGGAACGAG